UAUUUAUAACACUAGGGGGAGAGGGGAGAACACUGAACACGUUACAGAAAUUAAAGUAUGAAUCCAUGUGUACGUAGUGCGUGGUCUGUAAACACCGUACACUUUAUAUAAAAAUCAAUUGAAGCGUUUCCAUAUGUACGGUACACAACGCGUGUUGCUUAAUCAAUGCGUAAUGUGUUAAUUCCCAAACUACUCGUUGGUUGUUCCAAUACGCAUCACGCAGACAAAUCGGACACAGAAGGCAUCACCGUUAAAGGAGAAUGCCAGGCUGCAGAUUUCCCACAGCAAAUCUCGACUUGCACUGCGAUGAUGGCAGGCACUAUCAAUCCAAUCAGCUUUAAUAGCAUGGAACCAGAGGAACAGCAGAGAAGAUGCAGACUUAAUCAGCAAGGACUGACGUGUGCACUGGAUGCAGUUGAUGACUGCCAAGACUCCCCACAGUUCGGACAUUCGUCUACACUGGAAAGCAUGAGGGUUGCUUUUGAGCAUGUGUUGGAACAGGUCAUACAAAUCUGUACCGUGGCGUUGAGUUCACAGCAGAAAUAACACACAUGUAUAAUCUACUGAGCUUCAGCUGUUGGAAAAAGGAAAACUUUUCGCGAUGUAUGUGAAUGAUGACUUCUAUCAAAUUUGUAAUUAAAGUUGCAUUCUCAUCGUU